AUGAAGAGAACACAAAGUGUCUUCAAUGACAAAAGAAAACAAAAGAAACAAGUUGGAGCAGAAGAAGGGCGUGCAAAGAAAUGGUUUGAACAACGAAUUAAACAAAAGAAAGACCGAUAUAAUAUUAAUGAAGAGUCAGAAGAAGAAGAAGAAUUUACACAUGAAGGAGUUGCAUUAUCAAAAAGUAAAAUGGGAUAUACAGAUGUUCCUAUUGGAGUGAUUGAAGAGGAAGAAGAAGAAGAAGAAGAAAAGACAGAUAUGACAAAGAAAGGAAGAUAUGCAGAAAUUAUUGAAAAGUCAAAGAAAAGAAAAGCAGAGAAAGCAAUUGAAAGACAAGAACAAGAAGAGAGAUUAGAAUUUUUAAAUGAUAAUAUUGAAGAAAUUAUAGGACAUGUUACAUUAAGACAAAGUGGAGAUGAUAAUUUUGGAGAUGAAUAUGUUGAAUUACUUAACAAAAUGGAAAAAGAAAAAACAAGAGCAAUUGGAGAAGAUAUAGAAGAAGACAUUCAUGAAGCAAGAAAGAAAAGAAUUAAAGAAGAAAUGAAUAAUAUAGAAAAUAGAAUUAAUAAAUUAGGAGAAGGAGGAAUUGUAGAGAAAUAUAAAAAUGGAGAAGGAAUUGAAAAAAUAAAAAAUAAAGAAGAAAUAAUUAAAAGAAAUAAAGAAGAAGAUAUUGACAGAAUAGAUUAUAAAAAUGAAGGAGAUAAAGAAGAAGAAUUAGCAGAAGAAGCAGUUAAUAUUUUAAAUUGUGUUGAAGAAAUAGGAGUAUUAAAAACAACACAAGCACUUCAGAGUUUUAUAGGAGAAAUAUAUAGAAAAAGAAUAGAAAUGAGAACAAUGAUUGUUGAAGUUAUAAUUGAAGGAAUUGAAUGGAAAGAAGAUUUAAGAACACUAAAGAAAUUAGGAGUAAUUAGUAAAGUAUGGUCUACUACAGAUUUAGGAAGUAUGAUUACAAUGAAAAUUAUGGAAUAUUUAGGAGGACUUUUUUAUGGAGUUAAAGUUGAAAAAGAAAGAUUUGUACUUCAAAGUAUUGGAGCAAUUAUUGGAAGUGAACUAAGUGAAAGAAGAUAUAUACCAGAAUUAAUUGGAUGGAUAAGAAAAGGAUUUAAAAUAGUAAAAGAUAGUAAAAGAAAGAAAGGGAUAAAAGUAGAAGAAGCAAUUAAAUUAGAAGGAGAAGAAAUAAAAGGAUAUGUUAAAAAUAUAAUCAUUGAAAUAGUAGAGAAAAUGAUAAGAAUGAAUCGAAAAGAAAUUAAUAGUAGAAUGGGAUUAAAAGAAAUAAUUGAAAAUAUGAAAGGGGAUGAAGAAUGUGAAAGAAUAGUAGAAGAAUGGAAUAAAGAAGAAGAAAAAAUAAAAUUUAAUCUUACAUUAAUUGAAAAGAAAAAUGUUGGAAUGAUUAAAAUGUUUAAUCCAAGAAUAUAUGAAAAAGAUUUACAAAAAGAAGUAAGAGAAGUAAAGAAGAAGAUUAAAGAAGAAGCAAGAAAAGCAUCUAAAAUUGAAGAAGGAAUUACACAAAAUAUAAGUGAUAUGAAACGAUAUGAAGAAGAAAUUGAAAGACAAAAACAAAAGAAAGCAUAUGGAAAGAUUCUUAAUGAAUUACAAGGACAACAAAGUGAAUGGAAAAAAUUUGAUAAAAAGAAAGGAAAACAAAAUUAUAAAAAGAAAGUACGAUAUUAA